AUGUAUCAGCGAUAUCAAGAUGCAAUGGCUCUGGUCCAAAAGUAUGGAAAACCUGAUCUUUCCCUUACAAUGACCUGCAAUCCAAAUUGGCCUGAAAUUAAAGCUGAGUUGCUACCUGGACAGUCACCGCAUGAUCGUCCUGAUUUGCUAACAAGAAUAUUUCAUUCGAAAUUUGAUGAGAUGAAGACCGACAUUCUUAGAAAACAUGUACUCGGGAAGGUUCUAGCAUAUGCAUAUGUUAUUAAGUACCAAAAAAGAGGGUUACCACAUGCCCACAUGGUCAUUAUUUUGGAAGAAAAUGAUAAGUUACGCACUCCUGACGAUUAUGAUAACAUUGUCAGAGCUGAAAUUCCAAACAAGAGAUUAAAGCCUAGAUUAUACGGUGUAGUUCUCAAACACAUGAUACAUGGCCCAUGUGGAAUGUACAAUGAACGAAGAGAAGGGGAGUCAGUUCCUUUAGAGAGUAACCCAAGCGUCUUGGUGGAUAAUAGUUGGGUCAUUCCAUACAACCCAUGGUUGCUCUUGAAAUAUGAUUGUCAUAUCAAUCUUGAAAUUUGCAGUAGUGUUACAAGUGUGAAGUAUUUAUACAAAUAUGUUUAUAAAGGCCCUGGCCGUGUUGCACUAGAAGUUCGUCAAGGUCCUAAUUAUGACGAAGUACAACAGUUCAUAGAUGGAAGAUGGGUUUGUGCUCCAGAAGCAUUGUGGAAAAUAUUCAAAUUCAAAUAG